GACAGAUUUGUUUCCGGCCACCAUCUUUUUCGUGAUACCUUGUUGUCGUUGUCAGAUCGGCAAAUUUUAUAAGCCGCAACCAUGGGUCGCAUGCACGCACCUGGUAAGGGUAUUUCCCAAUCGGCAUUGCCGUAUCGUCGCAGUGUCCCAACCUGGCUGAAAUUAACUGCCGAUGAUGUUAAGGAACAGAUUUUUAAACUUGGCAAAAAGGGUCUAACUCCCUCUCAAAUUGGUGUCAUGCUCAGGGAUUCACAUGGUGUUGCCCAAGUAAGAUUUGUAACUGGUAAAAAGAUCCUCCGAAUCAUGAAGGCUAUGGGAUUGGCCCCAGACCUACCUGAGGAUCUGUACUAUCUGAUCAAGAAAGCUGUUGCUAUGAGGAAACACUUGGAACGCAAUAGGAAAGACAAGGAUAGCAAGUUCCGACUGAUUCUUGUUGAAUCUAGGAUCCACAGAUUGGCUCGCUACUACAAAACAAAAAGUGUGCUUCCCCCCAACUGGAAAUAUGAGUCUAGCACAGCUUCUGCUCUGGUGGCUUAAGUUUUAAUAAAAUUUAACUUCUAA